AUGGCGAAGUUGAUGCUAGGUCUCGACGUGAAGCAUUUUAAACACGUUAACUUAGGGCAAGUACGACAAACCGAGAUUGGAGGUACCGAGGAUCUCCCGCUGCAAGAGGCUGCACUGAAAGCCUCAAACCUAGUUGAUUAUGCUGUCCGCGCAACAGAUAACAAGGGGGAGAAGCUUCCCUUUGAACAAUUAACGUCAGCUGUAGUAGUCGCCACGGGGGCCGGAUUUACGACUACCUCUUCGCUUCUCUCAUGGCUGAUCUACAGCUUGUAG